CCCACCCGUGUCCCCAAGUGCCACCUCCACACCUGACUGCAAAAGGAUCUUGACUUUCUGGUUAAUGUUUCCAGUUAUCCCUGAGGUGAAAGCUGAUGUGGAACGAGCUGGGAAUUAAGGAAAUAAUUAUGAACUUGAAAGAGAAGCAACUUUACACCACUUUACUGAAAGUAAAAUGUGUUUAUCAAGGAUUAAAAAAUGUAUCCAGGUGGUGAUCAGUAUCCUCACUGGUUCUGCAGGUAACCUGUGCUGAAAAAAGAUCUGAGGCUGCUUUGUGUGGGACUUGCAAAAUAAAAACUUCCAGGUUUGCGCAGGAGUUUUAGAUGUGUUUUUUUUCAUUUUUUUUCCUGGAGAAGGCAUUUUGCAGUGGAUAAUAAGUGCCAGUUUUGCACCAGCUCAGGGCAGGGAGGAGUGAUUGGUUUGGGGUCAUCUCUGAGCUGUGACUCAGCGCCUGGGCACUGAAAUCAGGCACCUUUUCUGCAGAAAUCACCACCAAUUUCUGUGCUCAUUUGCAUUGAGGACCCUCAAAUCUGACUGAAAUGAUUAUUUUCCCCCUCAAACCUCUCGCUGAGUUCCCAGUGACUCACCCUGUGGAUUCACAUCUCUCCCGGCUCCCAGGGGCAGAUCCCACCUGAGGCAGCUGCAGAGGGAUUUGGCUCCGGAGGGAAGAGCAGCCGGGCUGUGAGCAGGGGCUGAGGAGCAGAGGGAGCUCAGACCCCUCUCACUCCCGGCAGCGAAUCCAGCCUGGCCUUGGAAGGGAUCUGGGAAUUCUGCAGCAGGCUCAGGAUCACCGGCAGCUGAAGAGGAGAGAGGAGAGGGAGGAAGAUUCACAGCAAAGCCUCCCCAGCCCCGGAGGUGAGUUCUGGCUCCCGGGAGCAGCAGAGGAGGGAACUGGCUGGGAGGCAGGAGGGAAAAUCCAAACUCCAAAAAUCCAAAAAUCCUGUUGGCAGAGACCUGGAAGAGACCUCAGCUUCCAGCUCUUUUCCUGGGCUGGCAGCAGGACUGGGUUGCAGCUGGGGCUUCAAGGAGGAGAAAAGGGAAAAUGGGCUCUGGAUGCUGAUGGAGCCUUGAGCAGCUGCGAAACCUCGGCAGGACGGGAUAAACCGGGAACCAUGGAUGGGUUUCACCCCUCGGCAGGAGGAGCUGGGCAGGACGUGCUCAGUGCCACCAGCUGGGCAGGACAAAGCCUCUCCCCGCUGUCCCUGCGGGUGGUGACAGCCACCUGCCUGUCCCUCCUCAUCCUCUCCACGCUGCUGGGGAACGCCCUGGUGUGCCUGGCCGUGCUCAGGUUCCCACACCUGCGCUCCAAGGUCACCAACCUCUUCGUGCUGUCCCUGGCCGUGUCCGACCUGCUGGUGGCCGUGCUGGUGAUGCCCUGGAGAGCUGCCAGCGACGUGCUGGGCUUCUGGCCCUUCGGGGCUUUCUGUGACCUCUGGGUGGCUUUUGACAUCAUGUGCUGCACGGCCUCCAUCCUCCACCUGUGCCUCAUCAGCCUCGAGCGCUACUGGGCCAUCGCCGACCCCUUCUGCUACCAGAGGAGGGUGACACAGCGCCUGGCCUUCGUCACCAUCGCGGUGGCUUGGCUGCUGUCCCUCCUCAUCUCCUUCAUCCCCGUGCAGCUGCAGUGGCACAAGGAGCCGGAGCUGCCCGGCCGAGAGUGGCUGGGCUUUAACGGCUCUGCGCAGGAGGGGAGCUGUGAUUCCAGCCUCAGCAGGACCUACGCCAUCUCCUCGUCCCUCAUCAGCUUCUACAUCCCCGUUGCCGUCAUGCUGGGCACCUACGGGCGCCUCUUCCGCGUGGCCCGGCGCCAGCUCCGCAGGAUCUCCUCCCUGGAGAGGCCGGCGGGGCACGCCCGGAGCUGCCCAGGCAGCCCCGACCGCCCUCGGGAAACCUCCCUGAAAAACUCCCUCAAGAAGGAGACCAAGGUGCUGCAGACCCUCUCCAUCAUCGUGGGCGUCUUCGUGUGCUGCUGGCUGCCCUUCUUCGUGCUCAACUGCCUGGAGCCCUUCUGCCACCCCGAGCCGUGCGUCAGCCGGGCCGUGCUCAGCACCUUCACCUGGCUGGGCUGGGCCAACUCUGCCCUCAACCCCAUCAUCUAUGCCCUCAACGCUGAAUUCCGCGGGGCGUUCGCCUCCCUGCUGGGCUGGGGCUGCCCGUGCCGCGGCAGCGCCGUGCAGACCGUGACCUUCAGCAAGGAGCUGGCGUCCUUCCACCCCGACAGCUCCGAGCACGGCGCUCUGCAGAGCCUCAGCCCGCCCCAGCUGCUGCCCCACGCCGUGCUGCAGGUGGAGAACCCCGAGGAGGCCUUGGAGAGGAUCUCUGUGUGCUCCUGUCUGCCUCAGAAUGCCCUUCCUGACGUGGAGCUGGUGUCCUUCCACCCCGACAGCUCCGAGCACGGCGCUCUGCAGAGCCUCAGCCCGCCCCAGCUGCUGCCCCACGCCGUGCUGCAGGUGGAGAACCUCGAGGAGGCCUUGGAGAGGAUCUCUGUGGAGAACCCCGAGGAGGCCUUGGAGAGGAGCUCUGUGGGCUCCUGCCCACCUCAGCACACCCUACCUGAGUGUGGACCCCCCAUCUAUCUGGGGAGGAUUCCCCUGCUCACCAGCAGCGCCUUCCAUUGA